AUGUCAUCUCCUGCCCCGCUCUUAAAAAUACCCACUCCUGGUGCCAACCGCAAACAAGCACCCCGUCUUAAAUUGGGGAUCCCAGGCUCGCCCAAGUUGAACAUUGCCAAUUCAAAUGGGGCUGGAACCAACCCUGCUCCGGAUGUCCCUCAGCUUUCUCAACCAAUCCCUGCUCGUCCAGCUCCUCCCCAGCUUAGAUUAGCCACACCGAAGGGAAGUAAAGGAACUCCACAAGAAGUGAGUUCUUUGAACAAUGGACGACCAUCUAUGCAGAUAGUGACAGGCGUUUCUGCGACAUCUUAUAAUGGCGACUAUGGCAACCGCUCAAGGUCAGGAAGCUUCAACACAUAUGAUGGCCGAGUCAGUGGGCCCACAUCGGCUACCUCUUCGAACUAUUCCGCCUUGUCUUUUGCCAUUGGCUUGAGGCAACCUCCCGGAGGAACGCCUGAUCCCACUUCUGCCAUUAGUUCUGUAUACUCUGACCGGGGAGAUGGCGGCUUAUCAGUGGAAAGAGAUAACAGCAUGAACGGCUUGUUACCAGAUCUGGAGAAGCUGAGUUUGGAAAAAGGGCGGCCGUUGGAUGUGGAAGAUUUAGACGAUGAAGGCUGGCUAGCCGCUAGCUCUCAAAAGAAAAUCAUUGAGCUUGACAGCCUUGGUGAGGGAGCCGGCGGUGCCGUCACUCGUUGCAUGCUUAAAGGUGGAAAAACGGUGUUUGCUCUAAAGAUUAUCACCACAGACCCGAACCCAGACGUUAAGAAGCAGAUUGUUCGGGAAUUGAAUUUCAAUAAAGACUGUGCAUCGGAAUACGGCGCAUUUAUGGACAAAUCAACCAGCACCAUAUCGAUUGUUAUGGAAUUUUGCGAAGGGGGCAGUCUGGACAGCGUUUAUAGAGAAGUGAAGAAGCUUGGAGGACGGACGGGAGAGAAAGUUUUGGGUAAGGUAGCUGAAGGUGUACUAAACGGCCUUACCUACCUUCACGGGCGUAAAAUUAUCCAUCGAGAUAUCAAACCUUCUAAUAUCCUCUUAUGCCGUAAUGGCCAAGUCAAACUCUGUGACUUCGGUGUCAGUGGGGAAUUCGGCACCAAAGGCGAUGCUAACACCUUUAUUGGCACAUCUUACUACAUGGCCCCUGAAAGAAUCACGGGCCAAUCUUACACCAUCACAUCCGAUGUGUGGUCUCUUGGAGUAACGCUUCUCGAAGUUGCUCAACACCGGUUCCCCUUCCCUGCAGAUGGAACAGAAAUGCAACCACGUGCAGGUUUGAUAGACCUUCUAACAUACAUUGUUCGCCAGCCAAUCCCUCAGCUGAAGGAUGAGCCCGAUAAUGGCAUAAAAUGGAGCGAAAACUUUAAAUAUUUCAUCGAGUGUUGUUUGGAAAAGGAGCCACGAAGACGAGCAACACCGUGGCGCAUGGCGGAUCAUCCCUGGAUGCUAGAAAUGAAAAGCAAGAAGGUCAACAUGGCACAUUUUCUGAAACAGGUGUGGGGUUGGCAAGACUAG